AUGAAGUCUGAUGAAGAAAGUGGGAGAUCCCGGGAUCAUAAAGGAAACCCAGGCGGAAAGUCCAUCCAGACUGAACCACCACUAUCCACCACACCUACCAAGUCCAUCCAGACUGAACCACCACUAUCCACCACACCUACCAAGUCCAUCCAGACUGAACCACCACUAUCCACCACACCUACCAAGUCCAUCCAGACUGAACCACCACUAUCCACCACACCUACCAAGCCCAUCCAGACAGAACCACCAUUAUCCACCACACCUAUCAAGUCCAUCCAGACUGAACCACCACUGUCCACCACACCUACCAAGUCCAUCCAGACUAAACCACCACUAUCCACCACACCUACCAAGUCCAUCCAGACUGAACCACCACUGUCCACCACACCUACCAAGUCCAUCCAGACUAAACCACCACUAUCCACCACACCUACCAAGUCCAUCCAGACUGAACCACCACUAUCCACCACACCUACCAAGUCCAUCCAGACUGAACCACCACUAUCCACCACACCUACCAAGUCCAUCCAGACUGAACCACCACUAUCCACCACACCUACCAAGUCUAUCCAGACUGAACGACCACACCUACCAAGUCCAUCCAGACUAAACCACCACUAUCCACCACGCCUACCAAGUCCAUCCAGACUGAACCACCACUAUCCACCACACCUACCAAGUCCAUCCAGACUAAACCACCACUAUCCACCACACCUACCAAGUCCAUCCAGACUAAACCACCACUAUCCACCACACCUACCAAGUCCAUCCAGACUGAACCACCACACCUACCAAUCCAUCCAGACUGAACCACCACUAUCCACCACGCCUACCAAGCCCAUCCAGACUGAACCACCACUAUCCACCACACCUACCAAGCCCAUCCAGGCUGAACCACCACUGUCCACCACACCUACCAAGUCCAUCCAGACUGAACCACCACUAUCCACCACACCUACCAAGCCCAUCCAGACUGAACCACCACUAUCCACCACACCUACCAAGUCCAUCCAGACAGAACCACCACUAUCCACCACACCUACCAAGUCCAUCCAGACAGAACCACCACUAUCCACCACGCCUACCAAGUCCAUCCAGGCUGAACCACCACUAUCCACCAAACCUACCAAGUCCAUCCAGACUGAACCACCACUAUCCACCACACCUACCAAGCCCAUCCAGACUGAACCACCACUAUCCACCACACCUACCAAGCCCAUCCAGACUAAACCACCACUAUCCACCACACCUACCAAGCCCAUCCAGACUGAACCACCACUAUCCACCACACCUACCAAGCCCAUCCAGACAGAACCACCAUUAUCCACCACACCUACCAAGCCCAUCCAGACAGAACCACCACUAUCCACCACACCUACCAAGUCCAUCCAGACUGAACCACCACUAUCCACCACCAUGGGAGUCUCCAUGCCAACUCAACACCUCUCCCUCUACUUCACCCCUCAGCUCAACCCCUCCCCUCUACCUCACCCCUCAGCUCAACCCCUUCCCCUCCACCUCACUCCUCAGCUCAACCCCUCCCCCUCUACCUCACUCCUCAGCUCAACCCCUUCCCCUCUACCUCACUCCUCAUCUCAACCUGUCACCCUCUACAUCACCCCUCAGCUCAACCCCUCCCCUCUACCUCACCCCUCAUCUCAACCUGUCACCCUCUACCUCACCCCUCAUCUCAACCCCUCGCCCCUUCUACCUCCCCCCUCAUCUCAACCUCUCACCCCCUCAUCUCAACCCCUCGCCCCUUCUACCUCCCCACUCAUCUCAACCUCUCACCCCCUCUACCUCACCCCUCAUCUCAACCCCUCCCCCUUUACCUCACUCCUCAUCUCAACCCCUCGCCCCUUCUACCUCCCCACUCAUCUCAACCUCUCACCUCCUCUACCUCACUCCUCAUCUCAACCCCUCGCCCCUUCUACCUCCCCACUCAUCUCAACCUCUCACCCCCUCAUCUCACCCCCUCUACCUCCCCACUCAUCUCAACCUCUCACCCCCUCUACCUCACCACUCAUCUCAACCCCUCCCCCUUUACCUCACUCCUCAGCUCAACCCCGCCCACUCACCCAACCCACGCAUGCCAGUUAG